AUGAGGUUCUUCGGCCGCCCCCCCCUAUCAUCUUCCCCCGGGUACGAACGGGAAGAAACCAGUUUCGGAUCAAGGGGCGGGGUACUUCGGGGUGCCUGUCCCCCGCACCGACAAGCUACGCGGCGGCCGCGAUCAGCCCUGACAAGAAGAAAUCCCACGAGUGGAAACCGCAGACGCGGUGCUCGCUCCCCAAGUGGCGCGCGAGAAGACCAGAAGAGGAGGGGUUCGCCUCUGCCUCCCGCUGCGUGGGGAUUUCGAAACGCCACGGCCUCCUCCGCCACCGCUGCCCCUGCCGUUAAGGCUGCGGCGGCGAGCGGGGGCGUCGAACAGGUCGAGCGGAGCUACCAAGAGGUCGUCGUUUGCAGGAGCAGGCAAAGGGUAAUCAAGGGUUCGGCGGCGCGGCGUCAGAAGGCCGAAGGACCCAUCAGCGGUCGAGUCAGCGGCGCAGGCAACGGCGGGCGACGAGACAAGUGGGUGGGACUUCUCGAGGGGUCAAGCGAGGCGCUCUGGACGUGCGGCAGGGGAGGGGGUGGUGGAGAGAACGACGACGACGAUACUGACGACGACGCUCGCUUCCUCGACCUCGCAAUCAACCCAUCCCCCUGGGGGGCGUUUGUGGGAGGGCCGCCCGGGAUAGAGAAGACUUCGGCUGCUAGAGGCGGCAGCGGCGGCAGCGUGCAGAGGCAGCUUUGCAAGAAGAGGCCGAGCAGCGCACCGCGCCAGGCUCCAACGGCUACGGCCCCAACGACGGGACGGUCCGAGGAAGGCGGCGGCCGCACUAGGACUCGGCCGAGAUCGGCACACGCGGCAUCGCCCUCGCGACAGAACGCCGCCGGAAAUUUUGUCAGCGCAGCCUACGGCGGCGGCGGCAGAGAAAACGAAGAAAAUUGCAUUUCAUUGGAAGAAACACCACAUGAGGAGACGGAAAAGUCAAAAUCGGCGCGGCGGGGAUCGCGUGAUGGGUUGUCAGUGACGGCGGGCGUAGAUGGAACAGCAGGGCGAACGGCGCAAGGAACUGGCGGGGAAGCUGUGCCGACGCAGGGGAGCAAGGCGAUUAUUGCUGGCGGCGGAGGCGGCGGCGGCUGCCACCCGGGAGGUGUUGUUCAGGAUGCCGAGCUUGUUGUGGUUGCACGACAGCUGCAGCCGAGGACCGCGUUUUCUCCAGCAAAUAAGGGAAGCCACCACAAUAGCAGCGUGGAAAAGAUGGCUGGCGAAACGCCCGCUCCCGCCUUUUCAUCUCGCACCAUCGCCAGUGGAAUGUUCUUCAACACCCAACCGCCGCCUUCGUUCGCGCGACCAAUGAUGCCGCGGACGCCGGCGCCAUCACCGCCACCACCGUUGUCCCCGCCUGCUCCCCCCUCGCCGCCGAACAAAAUCGGCCACACCCUCGGCUUAACCGGGUCCGCCAUUGUCCCGGGGGUGGCGGCUGCGCCGGCAGCGGCGGGUGGGACAGAACCCCGCCCCCGUCACGGGACCACUACGCGGAGAGUCUUUCAGCAUCGGCAGCAACAGCAGCCGCAGCAGCAGCAGACAGCAACGACGGUAGCAGGGUGGGUGAAGGAAGCCGGUGGUAGGUGGAGGAACGGCGAGAACGGCAGUGGUAACGCCACCGCCACCGGACGAUACGGCUUUUCGACCACAGCUCCGUCGGUGGUGCCGGACUCGAGGACGGCCAAGAACGUACAUGGAGGCAGCGGCCGCCGUCGCGCGAGGGCUUCAGGGCUGGUGGGAAAAGCGCUGCGAGUCCGGAGACCAACACAAAUAGUUCUGGGCCGCUAG